CCGAGCCUCCCUAGCCCGGAUCCGCCUUGGUUGACAACCUAAGCGAUGAUGGAAUCAGCGGGCAGCCCAUUUAGCCUGAUUGACUCCCCGAACCUCUUGGUUCCGGGCCAACGGAUUUUCUUCGCCGGAAGACAUGGACACCGUACGCAGUAAGACGCGAGAUGCGACCGUUGCAGUGGGUUCCUGCGUCUUGGCCGAGUAUGAAUAGACCCCGUGUCCGGGCGGCCGGCGAGCUCGAGAUGGACCGUCGACACAGGGGAUCGUGUUGUUCUCUUUGACCGCCGCCAUGCCCAGCACUUUUGGCCUUCGUCGGCUCCUCGGCCUUGUGCUGAGCGCGACCUGCGUGACUAUCGCGACAUGCCACGACCACUGGGUCGACAUUUGGGCGUGCAUGCCUCAGCAGGUCGAGCCGUAUAAUCUUCCUAACCCGCCCUAUAACGGUACCGACGGCGUGUUCCAGAACACGACGAUCCGCCAGACCGUCUACAUCACGCAGGACGCGUCCACCAUCCGGCUGCAGUUCAGCAACGCCCUCGGCGCGUCGGACCUGCCCAUCACCGCGGCAACGGUGGCGCUGCCCGUGAACGACGCCGCCGGCGCGAGCGCCAUCCGCACCGAGACGCUGCAGCACCUGACCUUCUCGGGCUCGCCGUCCUUCCAGGUCCCCAACGGCGCCCUCGUCGUGUCCGACCCGAUCCACUUCCCCGUCAAGGCCCAGAGCGUGCUCACCAUCACGGUCUACCUCGCCGCGGGCCAGUCCGGCUUCGGCAUCACGGGCCACCCGGGCAGCCGCACGACAAGCUGGCUGUCGCAGGGCAACCUGGUCGCCGCCGCGGAUCUCAACUCGACCGCCGUCGGCACCAACGUGCAGAGCAUCGACAAGUGGUUCCUCAUCUCGGCCGUGCAGGCCUGGCUGCCGGCCGAGUACGUCUCGCUGGCGGUCGUGGGCGACAGCAUCACGGACGGGCGCGGCAGCACGACCAACCACAACGACCGCUGGCCGGACCAGCUGCUGGCGCGGCUGCGCAGCAACCCGCUGCUGCGGGGCAUCUCGGUGGCCAACAUGGCGGCGGGCGGCAACCGGGUGCUGGCGGACGGGCUGGGCCCCAACGCGCUGGGGCGGGUGGAGCGCGACGUGCUGGCGCACCCGGGCGCGCGGUACGCGCUGGUGUACGAGGGCGUCAACGACAUCGGCACGGCGGCGUCGGAGCGCGCGGCGCAGGCGGCGGUGGGCGACCGGCUGAUCGCCGCGUACGAGCAGAUCGUCGCGCGCCUGCACGCCGCCGGCCUGGCCGCGUUCGGCGCCACCAUCACGCCCAUGAGCGGGCCCGGCCAGGUGUACGGCACCCCCGAGCGCGAGGCGGAGCGGCAGCGCGUCAACAAGUGGAUCCGCACGAGCGGGCGGUUCGACGCGGUCGUGGACUUUGAUGCGGUCGUGCGGGAUCCCAAGAACGACACCAUGCUGAGGGCGGAGUACAACAGCGGGGAUUGGCUGCACCUCAACCCGGCCGGGUACAAGGCGAUGGCGGAGGCGGUCGAUCUGAGGCUGUUCCUGUGGUUCGCGGGCGGGUCGAGCGCGAUGGUGUGAGAUGGGAGGUGAGAGGGGAUGAUCUGGGCGGGGGGCGGCGGUGAACGGAAGGGAGAAGAAGAGACGACGGUGGGGGAGGGAAGAGAGGAGAAGAAGAUAUUUAGUUUAGUAAUAAUGACCCAAACAGAGCCCGGGCUAGGGCUGCGAAAAUGCAGUUCUCAUUGGACUGAGGGACAUGCAUCA